GUUUUGGACAGUCAUCCAAAUUUCUUCCUCUUUUGCACCUCUCACAUUCACACCACAGACAGACCACACCAUUUCCUCUCUCUCCUCCAACCCACGCUCUUUUUUCUCUUCUUUUUCUUUUCCUUUCCUUUCUUUCCCGGAAUCUCGAAAAAUUUCCCGAGAAAAUUCACCUCCGCCUCAUCAGGUGGGAUAGAUCCCAAAACCGGAUGCAUAAUCCAACAAUAACUCAUCUCUCGCCGAGAUCAUCGUAGUCAUUAGAUUUCUUUUCCUCCUUCUUCUUCUUCCUAUACAGUUUCCCCAUUUUUGCACAGUACUUCACUCUUGUUCAGCAAAAAAAAAAUUAGUUAAUCCGCUAAAGGAUACUCCGAUUUUCCUCACAUCCUUUUCGAUUUCUAGCUACUUUAUCUGAAUAAGAAAUAAAAAAGGGGUUUUUCUUUGAGUGAGCCCAUAAUCGCAAUAGUAGCUUUCGAUUCUACUAAGCUGCCUUGAGAUUUCUAGUUCUUGAUCUUAUUUUUAAUUGAUCAAUUUUUUCUUAAUUUGUUUAUUUUUUCCGUCUCUUUGUUGUUGAUGAUGAUUUUUGAGGUAUUGAGGAUUAACAAGGCCUGAAUUUUUGAGUUGUUCGAUACAGUUUUUGGAUCGCUGUGUUAAUCUUAAUAGAAUCUCUUUGGAUCUGAGGGUUUUCGGGAAAUAAAGGUGGAUCGUUGAUGAGACUCUCGGAGUAGGGCAAAAUUUUUUAUUUUUUUUAAAUCGGUUAAUGUGUGUGGUCAAGUAGUUUUGUAAUUAAGGAAGGUUGAACAUAUUGAGUUUGUGAUCUUUGUGAUCAUGGAUCACGUUAUCGGUGGAAAAUUCAAGCUUGGGAGAAAGAUUGGAAGUGGGUCAUUUGGAGAGCUCUACUUGGGUGUUAAUGUGCAAAGUGGAGAGGAAGUUGCUGUCAAGCUGGAAUCUGUGAAGACCAAACAUCCACAACUUCAUUAUGAGUCAAAAUUAUAUAUGCUUCUUCAAGGCGGAACUGGUAUACCCCAUUUAAAAUGGUUUGGAGUUGAGGGUGACUACAAUGUCAUGGUGAUUGACCUUCUUGGACCAAGUCUGGAAGACUUAUUUAACUAUUGCAACAGGAAAUUUUCGCUGAAAACAGUUCUGAUGCUUGCAGAUCAACUCCUAAACAGAGUUGAGUACAUGCACUCCCGGGGUUUUCUGCACCGUGAUAUAAAACCCGACAACUUUUUAAUGGGUUUGGGCCGCAAGGCAAAUCAGGUUUACAUAAUUGAUUAUGGUCUUGCAAAAAAGUAUCGUGAUCUUCAAACCCAUAAGCAUAUACCAUACAGGGAAAACAAAAACCUUACUGGAACUGCACGCUAUGCAAGUGUUAAUACUCAUCUUGGAGUUGAACAAAGCAGAAGAGAUGAUCUAGAAUCUCUUGGUUAUGUGCUCAUGUACUUCUUGAGAGGAAGUCUCCCUUGGCAAGGCUUGAAAGCUGGGACUAAAAAGCAGAAGUAUGACAAGAUAAGUGAAAAGAAGAUGCUUACUCCAAUAGAGGUCUUGUGCAAAUCACACCCACUGGAAUUCACAUCCUACUUUCACUACUGCCGGUCAUUGCGUUUUGAAGAUAAGCCUGAUUAUUCAUAUCUCAAGAGACUCUUCCGUGACCUAUUCAUACGAGAAGGUUAUCAAUUUGACUAUGUAUUUGACUGGACUAUAUUGAAGUAUCCACAAAUUGGAUCCAGUUCUAGAGCUCGACUAACCGGGAAGCCAGUCGGAAACCCAGGACUAUCAGGAGAUAGGUUAGAUCGACCUUCAGGUGGGCCAGAGAUUCGGGAAAGAUUAUCAGGUGCUGUUGAGGCAUUUGCAAGAAGGAAUGGCUCUGGACUAAAUCUGCAUAGGUCUUCAGAUGAUGUGCCAUCUUCCAAAGAUGUGCAAGCUGAUUCGGAGAGAACUCGUAGCUCUUCUCGCAAUGGCAGUGCCUCAAAAAGGCCUGUUGUUUUGAGCAGUCGGCCGAGUUCUUCUGGUGAGCCUAGCGAGAACCGUUCAAGUAGGCUGCUUGCAAGCAGCAGCCGUCUAUCUACAACUCACAGGAUUCAACCAGGUCUGGAGUCCAAAACAUCAUUCACCCGUGCAUCCGGGACAAGGGGAGGCCGUGAUGACACACUCAGGAGCUUUGAACUCCUGUCAAUUGGUACGGGAAAAAGGAAAUGAAGAACUGUGUGGUCAGAAGACUACUUGCGCCAAAGGGCAUCAGUUCCAUUCAUGAAACUUCUGAGAUAUCGCACAAUUGUUGAUUACUAUGUAUAUUUCCAUCUUUAUAUUGGGUCCAUUCAAAGGCUAUAGAGCUAAUUGAAAUUACCUCAUGAAGCUUUGGCAGACUUCUUCUAUACCUCUUCAAAUGUUCUUCCAUGAUUUAUUUCCACAUGGACCCAUAAGAAGAGAUACUAUGUUACUCUAGGAAUUUGUUUAUAUGCAAGAACUAUAUGGCUACUUGAUAAAUACAUUCUCUAUAUUUGUGUUGAGGAAAAAAGAAAAACGACAUGCAAAAAAUGCUAUGCAAAUUUUGCAUAAUUCCAUGCCUGUGGUUGGAAGCCGAAUGAUUAUGUUUCGAAAUGUUCUUGAAGCAUGACAUCAUUGAAAUCAAUCUUUGAAUUAA